AUGGAGUGUCUCUCGACUGGCAUUCGACAUUCACCCAGGAGGACCCGUCUUCACUCUUCCCUUUUAUCUCUUGUAUCGCGUCCUUCCUUUGCCUCACACAGACAGUUUGUUUUGGCUCCGACACUCCGGCGCAUGAAAGCCCACUCCAAUGACCAGUCCGAUGCACAUAAUGCUCCAGUCUCUGUGGAGGAAACUGCCGAUUCUCCUCAGGCCCACCCGCUGGCAGGAUAUUACUCAUUGAUCCUGAAAUCGCCUUCCCCAUACGGUGGUCCUGCGUCGACAUCGCGACCGACCCCGGUUCGGCCCGAACACAAACCGACGCCCGCAACCACUGAUGAACCGCAGAGCCCCCAAGAAAAAAUGGCGAUUGUUUUCGGUACUCGUCUUGCAGGUCCAGGCCGGUCCUCGCGCUACAACCCCGGUGAAGCGCCUCCGGAGUCGACGUGGAGAACAGUCAAUGGGGUUCCCAUCCCCCCUCAGCCCGAAGAACCAGACAACUGCUGCAUGAGCGGCUGUGUACACUGCGUCUGGGAUGAUUUCCGAGAUGAGAUGGAGGAUUGGGCAUUUAGGGUCGCAACGGCCAAGGCCAAAGGCGGUCCUGAGAAGGGGACAGAAGACAUGCGCGCAGCGCCCAGAGCUGAAGUCCGUUCAGCCAGUGGAAGUAUGGACGAUGAUGGAGGUGGCAGUGAAACGAAUUGGUCUAUGCCGAAACAAGAUGAUGAUCUGUUUUCCAACAUCCCGAUUGGCAUCCGCGAAUUCAUGAAGACGGAGAAAAAGUUGCGGUUGAAGCAUCAGAAGGAGGCCACAGCAUGA